ACAGCACAAGGGAGGGUCUUGGGGUGGCUGUGACAGGCGAGGAUGUCACAUUACAAUGAUUAAUUAGAGGGAGCAGCUGAAAUAUUGAUAAGGGGAAAACGGAAAUCAAAUUAAAAUUAGAGGGGAUAGAGGAGAGGGAAAGAAAAGCACACACUGGAGCUGAGAGCAUUACAGAAGCCCCCUGAGGAUAUGCCUGGUUGAUGCAGACUGUCUGGAUGGGCUGGGGAACUUUAACUCCAGCGCUGCUUUGGAUCUAGCCAGCUUAAUCUCUCCUUUGCCAAACUGCAGCAGCAGGAUUAUCAUACAGAACUGGUGGGGAUUUUGUUUUUGGUCUCACCCUGGAUCUUUACAAACUGCUUUUCCACUGGUUGAGGGGAAAGGGUAUAAAAGGUCAAAUUUAGGACCUUUUAAUCCAUCUAUUAAGCAAAUAAGGAUGUUUCAGACAGUACCAGACACUUCGUCUUACGUCAAGGUAAGACAUGACAGCAUCUUUAAACAGGAGGCUCUGUCGGUGGUGAGUGACGACCAAUCCCUCUUUGACUCCACGUACGGUGCUGCCGCUCACCUCCCCAAGGCGGACAUGACAGCCUCAGGGAACCCUGACUAUGGCCAGCCGCACAAAAUCAACCCUUUACCUCCCCAGCAGGAGUGGAUCAAUCAGCCAGUCCGGGUCAAUGUCAAGAGGGAGUAUGAUCACAUGAAUGGAUCCAGGGAAUCCCCAGUAGAUUGUAGCGUUAACAAAUGCAGCAAGCUGGUGGGCACUGGGACAGAGUCCAACCCGAUGAGUUACAGCACCUACAUGGAUGAAAAGAACGGCCCUCCCCCUAACAUGACCACCAAUGAGAGGAGAGUCAUCGUCCCAGCAGAUCCCACCUUGUGGACCCAGGAACACGUGCGCCAGUGGCUAGAAUGGGCUAUUAAGGAGUAUGGAUUACUGGAGAUAGACACAUCCCUCUUCCAGAACAUGGACGGCAAGGAACUGUGCAAAAUGAACAAGGAGGAUUUCCUCCGAACAACCUCCCAGUACAACACAGAAGUCCUGUUGUCGCACCUCAGUUACCUCAGGGAAAGUAGCUCAUUGCUGGUCUACAACACUCCAGCCCACACAGAGGCAUCCUCUCGACUUACCACCAAAGAAGAGCCUUCCUAUGAUGCAGUCAGGAGAACAGGAUGGGGCAAUAACAUGAACUCCGGCCUCACCAAAAGCCCUCCUGUUGCAGGGACACAAAAUGUGAAUAAGACAGAACAACAACGACCCCAACCAGAUCCCUAUCAAAUUCUGGGACCUACUAGCAGCCGUCUUGCCAACCCAGGGAGUGGGCAGAUCCAGCUGUGGCAAUUUCUCCUUGAGUUGCUGUCAGACAGUUCCAAUGCCAACUGCAUCACGUGGGAAGGGACCAACGGGGAAUUCAAGAUGACUGAUCCCGAUGAGGUGGCUAGGCGCUGGGGAGAACGCAAGAGCAAGCCCAAUAUGAAUUACGACAAGCUGAGCCGAGCCCUCCGAUACUACUAUGACAAGAACAUUAUGACCAAAGUGCAUGGCAAAAGGUAUGCCUACAAAUUUGACUUUCAUGGCAUUGCCCAGGCUCUUCAGCCUCACCCAGCUGAGUCUUCAAUGUACAAGUAUCCAGCAGAUAUCUCCUAUAUGCCCUCUUACCAUGCCCACCAACAGAAGGUGAACUUUGCGCCCCCACACCCUUCCUCUAUGCCUGUCACAUCAUCCACUUUCUUUGGAGCAGCAUCAACUUAUUGGACCUCCCCUACAGGAAGCAUCUACCCAAACCCCAGUGUCCCACGCCAUCCUAACACCCAUGUACCAUCGCACUUGGGCAGCUACUACUAGAUGCUAUCACCAUCAGUGGCCUUGUAUCAAUCUGGUUGGAUGCGCUCUUUACUUCUGGGAUUUUUUUUCUUUGGAGCUUUGAUGAACAUUGUGGCCUUUGUUGCGGGGAAAAAAUGAAACUGGAUAUUGAUUAUUCCUGGAUCAUACAUUGUUUUGUUUUGUUUUUUGUAACUUUGCCUCUUCUGUCUUGAACUGAGAGAUGGACACAUCUUUGGGCCAGUACUCUGCAUUGUGUUUUGGUUACAAGUCUUACAUCCUCUGCAGAAAUUCACUAUGAAGAUUGCUUACCACACCCUGGAAUGAUUAGUAGCAUUUUCCUUUUUUUUACACGAGAAAAAAUCUUUAGCAAUCCAAAGCUCUUAACAAGACAAAGAUCCAGCUGUGGGUCUUAGCAGAAUAAUAUGUUUAUCACAGAUUUAUGACCAAGUGGGGGGGGUUUUCUGGUUUGUGGGGAGGGUAGAAGAUUUGAAUGGUAUGUUGUAAAGACCUGGCAUUGCAGGGGACAGCAACUGGAAUCUUAACUUUAAGGCCAAUGAGGUUUUUCACUCAACUGGAAAUUUUAUAAAAUAUAUAUUCAUAUAUAUAUGUGUGUGUGCGUGUGUGUGUGCGCGUGAAUAUUUUAAGAAGUAAAGGGCAUUGAAGGAACUGUUCUAGGAUGUACAACUUGUGUUGAACUGUGUAUUAAUGCCAGAAACAUAUGAGACAGAACAAAAGAAGAAGCAACCUAGUGUCAGGCACAGACAUUCCUUGCAAGCAAAAAUGAAAUAAAGUCAGUGACAGCAGGUCCUAGGGCUCUGCCAAAGUUUUAGGAAUCGCUAAAUGCUACCGAUUCGCGAACGCUGUGCGUUUGUCAGACCACCAUCCAAAGGGUCAACAGAUCAGAAGGCAACUUACUGUAUAAAUUAUGCAGAGUUAUUUUUUCCCUAUAUUUCGCAGUAUUAAAAGAAAGAUAAAAUAAAACGAGUUGACCUCGGUCACAAAUGCAGGGUUUUUUUUUUACUAUCAGAUCAGUUGUUUGUGUGGGUUUUUUAAUGUAAUUUGUACAUCUUUUCAAUCUGUACAUUUGGGCUGUAGCUUUGUACUUUUUGCUAAAAAAAAAAUAAAAAUCUUAAAAAGAAGACAUGCAUAAUGUAUCUGUUGGGAACAGUGCUCUGAUCCUGUGGCUAGAGACAUGAAGACUGAUCCCUGUGCUACUGUGGAGCACCUCAGACCUCUCUGGGUAUGCCUGGAGCACAGAUAUUGUUCCAGUUUGGAUUGAGUUAACUGUUUGUCAGUUAACUCAAGUUAGCUAAUACUUUCAUCUUAACACUGUCUGAAUGCUAUGAAACAUGACAAUUUUUCCCCAAAAUUUAGAAUUUUUUGGAACUUUCGGAAUGCUUGAUAAGAGAAAAUCAGCACACAAUUUUCACAAACUUAAUUGAGCAAACUUUUGCCAAAUGUUUGCAUCAAAAUUUGAAGCACUUGUAAUUUUUCAACCAUCUCUAAUUUGCAAAUGCUAGGUUAGACAUUCCACAAAUGUUUGCUUCGGGAUAUAAACAAGAGAGUAAACCACAGACAUCUGAGUCUUGAAGCAGAUGGUUAUAGACGACUUAAACUUGCAUUUUCAAACUAUUAGCUAACUUGUAUUAACGUUCAAUCAGGAGGCGCACAAAUAUCUAGUCUUGACAUUCCCUCUGAGGCUCUGUGUGGAUAUAAGAUUUAGUUCGUUUGAUUUCAGGAUCAGAGCCUUAAAACAGAACAUUAUAGUCCGGUCAUAACUUUAAGCAGAAGCACUGAUGCCGUUAUUUAAAAAGGGGGAAAAUAAGAUCAAGAUAAUUGGUUUAGCUUCUCAUAGUGCUUUGGGGGUGUUUAUAGGUAACAUUACUGCAAUAAUCACAAAAAAAAAAAUUAUUAAAAAAAUUACCCAUGGAAAUGGGCCUUUUGCUACUAUAUAUAUGCAAUGUAUUUUUGGAUAUUAAAAUAUAUAUAAUUUUGCAAGUAAUCUUUGUGUUUUCUAAAAUUGUAUUAAGUGUUACGCUGGCAUCUGUUGUAUGAAGAUUGUGUAAAAAAAAUGUGAUGAAAUAAAUGGUGGUUUUCUUCUCUAA